AAAUUCGCCAGUGUUUUUGCGUCUCGGCCUUUGCGGCCUUGAACUAGCAAUGACUCGAGUGAUCGAUCUCGUCAAUCGAACGGGAAUAAAAAGGCUGUUAUCGACGUCGAUUACGCGCUCGGGCGAUGCAUUUUCGGCGCGUUUUUUCUCCCGCGAUUAUGCAUCGCAGUCGUCGUCGUCGUCGUCGUUGCCGUGGUGCAGUCGUGGCCGUUCCGAAAACAGCCAACUCGCUGUACGUACGCGUCGCUCGCAAAAAUCGCACGCCAGCAUCGUGAAAGAACAUCUGCGUCGGCGUCGUUUCAAGUGCAUACCGGACACGAUUAACCCUGCCAGUAUGGUCUGGAUAACCGUCGACGAUCAGAUGGCUGGAAAGCCCAACUUUACGGCACUCAACGCCCAGAGCCACCUCGACCACAUGUGCGCCUUGGACAUCGACUCGCACACGAUGUUCACCCGUCUGUCCGGCAUCAUCUGCACCAUCGGGCCCGUCUCGCGCAGCGUCGAGAUGCUCGAGAAGAUGAUCGAGACCGGCAUGAACAUCGCCAGAAUGAACUUCAGCCACGGCUCUCACGAGUACCACGCCGAGACCAUCGCCAACGUCCGCCAAGCUCAGAAGAAUCUCACAGAGCGCCACGGAUUCUCCGUGCCCGUCGCUAUCGCCCUCGACACCAAGGGCCCUGAAAUCAGAACUGGUCUCCUCGAGGGUGGUGGUUCCGCCGAAGUUGAGCUGAAGAAGGGACAAACUUUCAAGCUGUCGACCGACAAGGCCUACGCCGAGAAGGGCAAUGCCGACACCGUUUACGUCGAUUACGAUAACAUCUCGAAAGUCUUGAAAGUCGGCAAUCGUAUCUACGUCGACGAUGGUCUCAUGUCGUUGAUCGUCACCGCUGUUUCUCCAAACCUCAUUACUACGACGGUUGAGAAUGGUGGCAGCCUUGGAUCGCGCAAAGGUGUCAACUUACCCGGUGUACCGGUCGACUUGCCCGCCGUCUCCGAGAAGGACAAGUCCGACUUGCAGUUCGGUGUUGACCAAGAGGUCGACAUGAUCUUCGCCUCGUUCAUCCGUAACGCUGCUGCGCUCGCCGAAAUCCGUGGAAUCCUCGGCGACAAAGGCAAAAACAUCAAAAUCAUCUCGAAGAUCGAGAAUCAACAGGGUAUGACCAAUCUCGAUGAGAUCAUCGAGGCCUCCGACGGUAUCAUGGUUGCCCGUGGCGAUUUGGGUAUUGAGAUCCCACCCGAGAAGGUGUUCCUCGCACAAAAGUGCAUGAUCAGCCGAUGCAACAAAGUUGGCAAACCAGUCAUUUGCGCCACUCAAAUGUUGGAGUCGAUGGUGAAGAAACCCAGAGCUACCAGAGCUGAAUCCUCCGAUGUAGCCAAUGCCAUUCUCGAUGGUGCCGACUGCGUCAUGUUGUCUGGUGAGACCGCCAAGGGCGAGUAUCCUUUGGAUUGCGUGCGCACCAUGGCCAACAUCUGCAAGGAAGCCGAAGCAGCCAUCUGGCAAAAUCAACUGUUCUCCGACUUGUCGAGCAAGGCUGUGCCACCAAUUGAUGCUACUCACGCCGUAGCUAUUGCGUCCGUUGAGGCAUCUGCCAAAUGCCUUGCCAGUGCAAUCAUUGUUAUUACCACCUCUGGUCGUUCGGCACAUUUGAUCUCGAAAUACAGACCUCGCUGCCCCAUCAUCGCUGUAACCAGAUUCCACCAAGUGGCUAGACAAGCACAUCUUUACAGAGGCAUUCUGCCUCUUCAUUACUCCGAAUCUGCUUUACCCGACUGGCUGAAGGACGUUGACGCCCGUGUUCAGUAUGGUCUCAAUUUUGGUAAAGGCCGUGGAUUCAUCCGAUCUGGCGACUCCGUUGUUGUUGUUACCGGCUGGAAGCAGGGCUCCGGCUUCACGAAUACUCUCCGCGUUGUGAAUGUGGAUUAAAUCAACAUCAGGUUAUCUGGUGUAGACAAGUAAACAAAUCCUGUGGAUAGAUAAUUCAAAAAAAUAAUUACGUUGUUAUCAACAGUUCCAAAUGUUUCUAUUAUGUGCAUAAUUGUAAUGUCAUGAUUGAUGCACUUUAACAAUAGAGUGGGUGACUGUCAAGAUAUCGUUUUUUCGUGUUUGCUAGUCUUCACUUGAUGCUGUGCUUCAUCUAUAAUUUAAUUUUGCAGUAUUAUUGCUAAAUUGAUUGACUACAAUAACGGCACUUAGAGAAACAAAAAAAUUAAAAUGAGAUGAUCAUGUUAUCUGAAAUUGUCAUUAUGUUAAAAAAAAUUACAUAAAUUUCUAGAUAUAAUUGUUA